AUGGUAACCCCGACGGGCCGCGCGCGCUGCAGGCCGGGAGGCCCGCUUCCGGCCGGGGGCCGGAAGGACCAUAGAGUAGUUCCGCUGGAGGGCGGAAGAGGCCGCUCUUUGUGGCUGGUGGAGGAGGACGCGGCCGGGGAGCGGUUGCCCGAGCUCUCACCAACAGGAGGGGAGGGCGUGGGUGGGAAAAUGCCCGACCGCGACAACUACAACAAUGGCAGUAGCAGCGAUGAGGCGGGUGCCAACUCCGAUGACAUCUGCCGCGACUUCCUGCGCAACGUCUGCAAGCGAGGCAAGCGCUGCCGCUUCCGGCACCCUGACAUCAGCGAGGUCACCAACCUGGGCGUGCGCAAGAACGAGUUCAUCUUCUGCCAUGACUUCCAGAACAAGGAGUGCGUGCGCCUUAACUGCCGCUUCAUCCACGGCACCAAGGAGGACGAGGACUGUUACAAGAAGACGGGGGAGCUGCCCCCACGCCUGCGCCAGAAGGUGGCGGCUGGGCUGGGCCUUUCCCCAGCGGACCUGCCAAACAGCAAGGAGGAGGUGCCGAUAUGCAGGGACUUCCUGAAGGGCGACUGCCAGCGGGGAGCCAAGUGCAAGUUCCAGCACUUGCAGCGGGAGUACGAGUAUGAGGCCCGCGUCAUUGCGGCCCGGGACCCGGGCAUUGCCACUACCGUGCGCCGCUAUGACCCCUACGACGUCAUGUACGACCCCGACCGCUACGACGACCACGACCCGGUGCUGAAGCGGAGGCGGGUGGACGGGCUGCACUUCGAGACCUACGAGUACAGCUUCACCAGCCCGCGCACGGUGGAGUACCGGCUUCUGGAGGAGGAGAACAUCAUGCUGCGCAAGCGCGUGGAGGACCUCAAGAAGCAGGUCAACAACCUGUUGGCGACCAACGAGGUGCUGCUGGAGCAGAACGCCCAGUUUCGGAACCAGGCCAAAGUCAUGACUCUCAGCUCCACCGCCACAGCCACCGAGCAGACCCUGGCCCCAACAGUGGGCACUGUCACCAAUUAUAACCACAGCAUUGCCCAGACCCACACCACGCUCAGCAGCCAGGCCCUUCAGCCACGGCCUGUCACCCAACAGGAUUUAGUGGCUCCAGCUGGAGCCCAGGCAGCGCCCCCCACCAACGCAGCACCCCCCAUGAACCCUGAAAUCACCCCGCUCUCGGCUGCUCUGGCUCAGACUAUUGCACAAGGCAUGGCUCCUCCAGUCUCCAUGGCGCCCGUGGCGGUGUCGGUGGCGCCCGUGGCAGUUUCAAUGGCACAGCCACUGGGAGGUAUAACCAUGAGCCACGCCACCACGCCUAUGGUGACAUACCCCAUCGCGUCGCAGAGCAUGAGGAUAACAGCCAUGCCUCACUAACCUCCCCCAAAGGGCCCCACGUACUGCCGUGGGUCUGUGCUGUUCAGAGCCGCCCCCGGCAGGUGGAAGGGCUGCUUCGCUGGCAGGACUUGCUCCUUCCUUUGGGGAGACAGAACCCAAGGAGGGAGAGAAUUGAACUGAAACCCUUGGAAACCUCUCUCUCCUUCAGGAGAGGCCUUUUAGGGGAUGGGCUUUCCACCCUGAAGGCGAGUGACUUGGAUUUCCCUUAACCCCUAUCAACCACGCGUGGUCUUCCACAAGGCAGCAGAAUUCAGGGAUGAAGGGCUUUAAUGCCACAUGAUUCGAAGGGUACAGUAACCUUAGAGCCUUUGCCUGUCACUUGUAUCUUUGCCCGAAUACCUGCCCCUCUGUACCCACCGCGCUAGCCCCUCCAUAGCCCUGCGUGUUCAGGAACUCAUUAUAUCGCCUGGCUAUGGCAGUAUCAUUUCAUUGACAGGACACACCAGAACGGAGGCUGUAGGGAAAUGACACCCAAGGGUGGUAUCCCCUGGCUUGCUGCUCUCUAGUAGAGACACUCCUGGGCUUCCCUGGGCUCAGGCAGAAUCAGGGAAGCGAGACCCUGGGGACAGCACCUCCACCAGAGAUGGCAGAAAGGCUGGCUCUGUCUGGCAGCCCUCUUCUAGGGGGAAUGGCCCUGGGGCAGCUUUGCCUGCUGAUGAAAUGGUUAAAUCCCCAAUAGGAUUUGGGCGAAUAUGUAAACUCAGCCCUGUUGCUUUAAAACAGGGCAACACAACUUAGACUCUAGGAAACUGUCUCUACAGUGGCCUUGAGAGCAUCCCUGUUCCAGUCACGCCUCCAGGGAUAGGGUGGCGCAUUCAUAGGACCAUCUGAAUCCCAAAGAGGGGUUGGGGGGACUUGCCAAUUCCAGCAGAUGUUGUUGCUGAAUUGCUGAUAAACCCCAGGGUUGGAAAUAGACCCAGCCGCACCCUGCAGCCUGGUGAGGGUGGGUCACUAGUUAAAUGUGAUAGCAUCUGACCCCGCUUGGCCUAGCAGCUUGUGGGGCGGGGAUUGCAUUCUUCUUGAGGUCAUAGGUUGAAAUAAAAUCAUCUCUGUUGCUGUUUGAAUUGUCAGGGCUUCUCCAGUCAGCUCCCGAGGCAUGGCAUAGCUCGCUGAAAGGAGACCAGGCUUGGACAGUGAUCCUGCCAGGCCCCUGAGCACCCUCCAUUCCCCUGUUGCCUGCUGAGGUGCCAGCAGACCUGCUCAUCAGUUCCCUCUGGAGCUGUUGGGACUGGCAAAUGUGAGCAAAUCCACCCAUGCCCUGAGCAAGCCCUCACGCCCUUCGCCAGCCACUUCCGUGCCUGAGCCUCCCCAACCCAAGACUACCAUCUGCCUCUUACGGCCAUCUACUCUGUUCACCCCAUUCACAGGUCCUCAAAGGAACCUGGUUCAAAGAGACCCCUCCCUCCCUCAUUUGCAGUAUUUUUGUUUCUAAAAUGGAAGCUCACCCACGGGUCUAGAAUAGCUUUUGCGUAGUUAUGUCUGGGUUUGAUUUUUUUUUUUUUUAAGAGGACUUAAAGAGGAGGAGAAUGCUUUACAGCAGGAGCUCUUUCUAAGGGUGCUGAACUUCAUAAGUCUAGCGUUUUAGUUCUGUGACUACAGUGUAAUGUUUUCAGCUAUUAAAAGAAAACAUACAGCCCCUGA